AUUUAUAUAUCCUCAAAAACAUGUAACGCAUUCUUAGGAAUCGGAAGUUUCCGAAUUGCAUGCAAACCAGACCACCUGGGGUUUUUUCAUCCCCCAUCCAUUUCACGUUUUCUGUCCCCAACUCUCUCUCUCUCCUCUCUAGAGAGAGAAACAAACCCUACCAGAUCCAUCCAGAAACAUGAUAAUUUGUAGAUCAAACAAUCAAUUGUCUACACUUGUCUUCGUUACACUACUUGCCCUAGCUAUCGUUGCAGCUGUCUCGUACGCCUCCACCGGCCUCUCUCUCCUCUCUCUUCCCGCCUCACCAUUGUCAUGGCGAUGGCCUUCAUCAACCAACUUUAUUCCCUCCUUCAAUCUCAACCAAACGCCAUCAUCACCACCACCGUUAAACCCUAAAACCGCACUCUACUCCAUGUUCAAUUGUGAUUCGGAUUCGUGUAAGAAGCAGAAUGGGAAGAUGAACAAGUUGGUGAGUAAACUGAUUAAAGAACUUGAAGAUGAGACCAUGUUGAGGAGAAACAAGAAGAGGGACAAGAAGCUGGAGAAGGUUGAAGCCGAGCUCGCCGGAGCUAGGGUUGCGAUGAGAGAUGCCGCCGGAAAACGUAACAGUAGUUUAUCUUCUCCGCUUAAUGAUCCUGAUUAUGUUCCAAAUGGGAAUAUCUACAGAAAUGCUUACCUUUUUCACAGGAGUUACUUGCUUAUGGAGAAGCUAUUCAAAGUAUACAUCUAUGAAGAAGGAGAGCCACCCUUAUUUCACAAAGGCCCUACCUUUGACAUUUACUCCAUGGAAGGUGUCUUUCUAAACUUAAUAGAGAAAGACCCUAACUUUCGAAUAUCCGACCCAGAUCGAGCUCAUGUUUAUUUUCUCCCAUUUAGUGUCACCAUGAUCCUCAACUACCUUUUUGAUCCGGUCAUCCGAGAUAAAGCUGUCCUAGAGCGCGUUAUUGGUGAUUAUGUACACAUGGUUUCAUCAAGGUACCCUUACUGGAACCAAAGCCUAGGAUCCAACCAUUUCAUGCUAGCUUGCCAUGAUUGGGGGCCUAGAGCAUCAUGGUCUGUUCAUUCCUUAUAUUUCACGUCCAUACGACUACUAUGCAAUGCAAAUACCUCAGAGUACUUCAAUCCGAGAAAAGACGCAUCAAUCCCACAAAUCAAUCUUCAUCGAGGCGAGCCUGCUAUGGUUCCUGGAGGCCUGCCAGCAUCUAACCGUACAACACUGGCAUUCUUUGCAGGCGGUCAGUUUCAUGGCAAGAUAAGACCAUUACUUUUCCAACAUUGGAAAGAAAAAGAUGAAGACAUACUUGUGUACAAUAGAGUGCCUAACAAUGUUUCGUAUCAUGAAAUGAUGCAAACAAGCCGGUUUUGCUUAUGUCCUAGUGGAUAUGAAGUGGCUAGCCCGCGAAUAGUGGAAGCAAUCUAUGCUGAGUGUGUGCCUGUGUUGAUCUCUCAGAACUAUGUGCUACCAUUUAGUGAUGUUCUUAACUGGGAUGCAUUUUCGGUUCGAGUGUCAGUGAGUGAAAUACCGAACUUGAAGAGAAUUUUGUUGGGAAUAUCAGAUGAUGAAUACACUAGGUUGCAGGAGAAUGUCAAGAGGGUGCAACGACACUUUUUGGUGAAUAAUCCAGCGAAAAGAUAUGAUAUUUAUCAUAUGAUUCUACACUCGUUAUGGUUAAGAAGACUAAACUUACAUAUUUAUGGUUGAUGAAUUGAUCUUGCCAUGAAUUCAAAUAUCAAGUUAUAGAUGUCCAAUGUAUCAGCAAGAACGUGUUAACGGGCUAGCGAUUGUGGUUGAGUAUUUAUAGGAAAGUUAUAGUGAUCCAUUAGUGGUCACCUGUCACAACUUUUGUAAUUUUGAAUUUUGAUGCAUCUUUAUAGAAAAUAUACAUCACAUGUAACAGAAAAUGUAUGAAUUGUAUCUGUUUGUGAUA